AUGCUCGUAUCGAAAGCACGAGAUGCACUGGCUAGGCAGUCGUCGCAGGCAAACGGUGGUGCAUACGUGUGCAUGGAUGAUGCGCACCCCACUUCGCCCGCAUUACGGGGACACAUCACUGGCGGAACAGGUUCAGUUGGCAAGGACCGUCUACUCAUUAUGCAUCAAUCACUCUUUCUUACUGCUAUCGCCCUUACUGUGAGCACAUUGGCUGCGCCAGCCCCAUCCAGCAAUCAUGUUCUUCAUGAAAAACGAGAGGCGAAACUUUUGCAUUGGGAGAAGAGAGAUCGUGUUCAUCCUGACGUCCUUUUGCCAGUCAGGAUCGGGUUGACUCAAAGCAACCUUGACAAGGGACCAGAGUUACUAGAUGAAGUAUCGAAUCCAGCAUCACCAAAGUACGGUCAGCAUUAUUCGAUGGAAGAUGUUUACGACAUCUUUGCACCCCAAACAGAGACUGUAGAGGCCGUGCGCACCUGGCUUCAGGACUCAGGCAUCCACGUCGACCGAAUUUCCCAAUCCACCAACAAGCAAUGGAUUCAGCUUGAUUCGACUACAGCGGAGCUUGAAAGCUUGAUCAACGCAGACUAUCACCACUACGAGCAUUACCAGACGGGCAGAUCAAACAUUGCUUGUGACGAGUACUCUGUCCCAGCCCAUGUACAACCACACAUUGACUACAUUACGCCUGGUCUCAAGCUCCUGACCCCUUCACAUCCCAAAGACCCCGAAGAGAAAGCCAAGGUCCGCAAGCGUACUUUCGGCGUGACUGCACCAUCGAGUGGGGGGCACAAGCCAGCCAAAGGCAACGAACUCGGCAUCUUCGAAGACCUAGGCGACGUGUACGCGCAAGAAGACCUCGACCUCUUCUUCGCCACUCUCGCCCCAAACAUCCCAAUCGGUACCCACCCAAAGCUCGACGCCAUCGACGGUGCCACGGCGCCGAAUCCUGUCACAGCUGCUGGCGCCGAGUCCGAUCUCGAUUUCCAAAUCAGUUACCCCAUCAUCUAUCCGCAAAACAGCAUUCUCUUCCAGACGGACGAUCCCGUCUACGAAGCCGACUACGAAUUCAAUGGCUUUCUCAACAACUUUCUCGAUGCUAUCGACGGCAGUUAUUGCACGUACUCCGCCUUUGGCGAGACCGGUAAUUCGCCUCUUGAUCCCCCGUAUCCGGAUCCGGCGCCUGGCGGGUAUAAGGGGCAGCUGCAGUGCGGCGUCUACACCCCGACAAACGUCAUCUCCAUCUCCUACGGCGGCCAAGAAUCCGACCUCCCGGCCUCCUACCAACAGCGCCAAUGCAACGAAUACAUGAAACUCGGCAUGGCCGGCAUCUCCAUCGUUGUCGCCUCAGGCGACUCUGGCGUCGGCGGACCCAUGGGCCGCUGCCUCGGCCCCAACAACAAUAUCUUCUCCCCGGACUUUCCUGCUACUUGCCCCUUCCUCACUACCGUCGGCUCCACCUUCUUGCCCCCAAAUGGUGAUGUCACGAAGGAUGCUGAGGUCGCUACGACAAGGUUUCCGAGUGGAGGCGGGUUUUCUAAUGUUUUUGGACGGCCGAAGUAUCAGGAUGCCGCUGUGGCCGCGUAUUUGGCCAGUGGGGUUGUGGGGGUUCCGGGGUAUGCGAAUGGGAGUGUGGGUCAGGGCGGCGGGGUGUAUAAUAAAGAUGGGAGGGGCUAUCCGGAUGUUAGCGCUGUGGGCGAUAAUGUGGUUAUUUUUAAUAAGGGGAUGCCGGUGUUGAUUGGGGGCACUAGUGCCAGUGCGCCGGUUUUCGCGAGUGUGUUGGUUAGGGUUAAUGAGGAACGGAUUGCACGGGGAAAGGGGAGGGUGGGGUUUGUUAAUCCGGUUUUGUAUGCCCAUCCGGAGAUCCUGAAUGAUGUUACCGUGGGCAAUAAUCCUAAUUGUGGGAGUAAUGGGUUUGCGGCUACGAAGGGGUGGGAUCCUGGAAGUGUUGUAGCGACUGCCGCCGAAUAUAGAUCGAAUGAUACAGGCCACGCCAGCGACGACGCUGCUAUGGACCCACUUUCCGUUGCGGCGUCUGUGGUCGGCCUACUGACAGCAGCAGGAAAAGUCUCUGCCCUUCUCUCAAAGUUUGUUGGCGGCUCAGUGGGCGCGCCUGUACUUGCGAAGACGAUCUUACAAGAAGUUACAGACAUAAGCGCCUGUCUCGCUCAAUUGCAGACGUUCUUGACCGGCACGCGGAUAGGAUCGAGAUCCAGGACGGCGUUGAUAUUGGUGGAGCAAGUUGUCGUGACACUGACUGAUUGCGUCCUUACAUUCUCCGAGCUUGAAGAUAUCCUUGGAUCUCUCAAAGUCGGAGACCCGAGGGUGAUCAUCAACCGACUCCUGUGGGUCAAGCGGGAAUCGGCGCUUAGAGCUCUCACCCAACGUCUGCACUCUUCGAAGACCUCGCUCAACUUGAUGUUGUCGACUCUGACUUGUGAAUCAGUCGACCAAGCCACGAGCGCCGUUGAACAUCUCACAGAGCUUGUGCAACAAGUAUUACGGGACAAUCAGGAUCUUGUGUCACGACUACAACAGGCCCCAUCUAUCAGUAGCAACGUAACAGCGCCAUCAACUCUUUCAGCACAUAAUACAGUCGGCGGUAAUGCCAAGGACGAGGAUGACCCUUUGACUGACGAGGAUGACGAGGAUGAUGCUUCAACUAUCAUUCCACGUAACCGUGGCAAGCUUCUCUUUAAAUUUCCUAGGGAUUCUGAACUGCAGUUCGAGCAUGACCUUCAAAACUCUCGAGUCUACACCCGCACGAUGCGUAGAAAGUCGAGGGACUCGCUAGUAUCGUCUGCUGCUAUUUCUUUGGGUUGGUCUUGUCUCUCGGAGAUCAGUCUCGCUGGUGUUUCGCAAAUUUCUGUAAUUUCUUUACCUGUGACGGCCAGCGAACUUGCCAAUGGUCAACAUUAUCAUACACACGGAAGCAAACCCUCCUCAAUUCCCGUGACGAAGACCUCGCAAGACCUCAGGCCUAUCCAGAUAUCAUUGAUAGGUGCAUUAAUUUCAGGAAAAACCACGGUCUUCAGGCAGCUGCGACAAAUACAUGGGGUUGAGAUGGCUAGUUGGGAGCGCGACGAAGCCCGUGCAGUAUUGCGGAAAAAUCUCGAUACGGUCUCCAGGCUAUUGUGUGGACUACUUAUUCCUCUGUCGGAACAUGACUUCCAGUACCUUGAUAUUGACCACGAAAGCAUUCUCGAGCAUCCAGAGCUAGUUCUACCAGGCGACCUGUCGGAGAACUCCAGCUUUUUCCAUGCGAGGAGCGGCACCACAAGUGACGAACCAUUUGACUUUUGGUACAAAGGCCGAGCAUACCAAUUAAAAGACAUCGGCAAUAGAAGGCCUAGUCAUAAGAUAUGGUUGGCAGAUUGUGUCAAUUCUGACGUUAUCAUGUAUACCGUCGCGCUCACUGGGUAUUGCUACACAUCCUGGCGAGACACUAAUUUGAACCAAAUGGAUGAAGCUUUGGCUGGAUUUCAGUGGCUUACCAAAAAAACGCGUGCUCCAAUCAUAUUACUCUUCACCAAAACAGACGUGCUUCGGAGGAAUCUACCAAUAUUUCCAUUAUCUCAUUACGCCGAAUCCUAUUCUCACGGGACAAACUACGAGAAAGCCUGCGAAUAUUUUGCGGACCGCUUCCAGCAAUUAUAUACCAGGCAUUUCGCUGGAGCAAAUGAGCUAUUUAUCUACUUCGUCAAUGCUGUCGAUCCAAACGAAGUUAAAAUCGUAUUUCGGAGGAUCGAACAAGAAGUCUUAAGCAACUAUCACAAGUACACGCCUACGCCAGAAACAGGCCGAACGACACUUGCCAGUAACCACCACGCAAUUCAUGUCGAACAAAAGAUAGAAACCUCAGAGCAGUCCUACGGAAGCUCCGUUCCAUUGUUGCAAAGACCCGCCCUGCAUACUUUUGGUAUUACUACCGAUUGCUCAGCCAAUUGA